AUGAGCACUAAUGCUGUCCCCCACAGCACUCCCGACGGGAACGGCAACAGGACUAGUCCCAGCCCGGGUCUGGCCACGAGUGUACACCUUCGUGGGCCCUUACACCGGCCGCAUGGUCGCCUCCGCACCGUCACGAAGCCCCUUCCGCGUGUGCUGUUCCUGCACACGGGGGGCACGCUUGGCAUGGAUCCCGAGGAGGCGUUUGAGGAGGACGACGGCCACAAUCUGCGUGUAAAGGCUGGCGCCACGGAGGCGUCGUACAAGGGCACACUCAGACCGGGGGAGAUGUUGUCCAGCCUCCUCACCAUGGUUCCGGAGCUGGAGAAGUUUGCAAAUGUGGACCUGCAGGUCCUGUUCAACAAGGACAGCAGCAGAGUGGGUCCUUCUGACUGGAUUACCAUCGCCAAGGCGCUGGACAACAACCAUCCGCACUACGAUGCCUUUGUGGUGGUUCACGGUACGGACACACUGGCGUACACAGCGGCUGCGCUGUCGCUGAUGUUGUGCGGCUUCAAGAAGCCCAUUGUCAUGACGGGUAGCCAGCUGCCUCUGCGAGCACCCCGGACGGAUGCCCGACAGAAUCUGCUUGACUCGAUCCAGGUGGCCACUUCGGCCUUCAGCCCGCCUCAUGUGGCCUUGCAGGAGGUGGCGGUGUGCUUCGGUGGCAAGCUCAUGCGAGGAAACCGCACGCAAAAGGUCAACUCAGCAGCCUACCAGGCCUUCGAUUCACUGACCUACCCCUACCUAGCCACCCUGGGUAUCGACGUAGACUGGAACACGCGAGUGCUGCUGCGGGUGGAGGGGGCCUACAAGCCGCGAUUUGAGCUGGACCCCCGCGUCAUCCGCAUACCGGUCGUCCCCGGCAGCGAUCCACGCAUCGCGUACGGUGACCUGUACGGCCGUGGUGUCCGCGGUGUCGUGCUGGAGGCGUUCGGUGUGGGUAACUUGCCUGAUCAGGCAUCCUACGGCUGGCUGCCAUGGCUCAAGGACCAGACGGCCAAGGGACUACAGCUCACAGCGCACCGCCUGUUCCCGGUGAACCAGGUAUGCCUCACAAGCCAGUGUUCCUCAGGACCGCUGCACCCGGCUCUGUAUCGUGCGGGCCAACUGGCGGCGAGAAUGGGGGUAGAUGCGGGUCCGCACAUGACUCCCGAGUGCGCUGCCGUCAAGCUCAUGUUUUGCCUUAAACAUCCCGACCUGGCGCUCGGAGUACCGCUGGCUGGAGAGCUGUAA